UUUUUCCACUUGGCAGAGAGAAGGGUGAAAGCUCGAAGUUAGGCGUCUUUAGUGAUUGUGAAAUGUUUCGGAAAGGCGAUAUUUUUUCUGUCCACCCUGUAUCUGAUGCAUGAAUUAAUCGAAUUUAUUUUGGAAAAGGGGGGAAAGCUUGUGUGGAAGCGGGAAAGAGGCGGAAAAUGGCUGUUAGUCGCGUCCUUUGAAGUAUUUUUCCUGUGAUCUUUUUUUACUGGACUGGGUCGACUAACUGCAGCCUGAGACGCGCUCGCUUACUGAAGUGAACAGCCUCAUGUUUUCACCGGGUCAAGAGGAGCACUGUGGACCCACGAAAGAGCCUGUGAAGUACGGGGAGCUGGUGGUUCUCGGGUACAAUGGAUCACUCCCCAGUGGUGAUCGAGGGCGGCGGAGGAGCCGUUUUGCCCUCUACAAGAGAGCCAAAGCCAAUGGUGUCAAACCCAGCACUGUACACAUCCUUAACAACCCCCAGGCGAGCAAGGCUGUAAACUGCAAAGGCCAGCACAGUAUCUCCUACACUCUGUCCAGAAACCAGACUGUAGUUGUGGAGUACAGCCAUGACAAAGACACGGACAUGUUCCAGAUUGGGCGAUCAACGGAGAGCCCCAUUGACUUUGUAGUGACUGAUACGGUGUCUGGGGGUGGGGACAGUGAAGACACGCCCAUCACUCAGAGCACAAUCUCACGUUUUGCCUGUCGAGUAGUGUGUGAACGCAACCCUCCAUACACUGCUCGCAUCUAUGCUGCAGGCUUCGAUUCUUCCAAGAACAUCUUUCUAGGGGAGAAAGCGGCCAAAUGGAAGAAUCCAGAUGGCCAGAUGGAUGGCUUGACAACCAAUGGUGUGCUGGUGAUGCAUCCGCGGGGUGGAUUCACAGAAGAGUCCAAGCCUGGUGUAUGGAGAGAGAUAUCUGUGUGUGGAGAUGUAUAUACGCUGAGAGAGACUCGCUCUGCACAAACACGAGGAAAAUUGGUGGACAGUGAGAGCAAUGUGCUGCAGGACGGUUCUCUGGUUGACCUGUGUGGAGCGACACUGCUGUGGCGCACUGCCGAGGGCCUCUUCCAUACCCCUACGCAGAAGCACCUAGAGGCCCUGCGACAGGAGCUGAAUGCAGCCCGACCCCAGUGUCCCGUUGGCCUCAACACCCUGGCCUUCCCUAGCAUGCAGCGCUGCAGCCGAGCCGUGCCCAGUGUCGCCUUGCAGGAGGAUAAGCAGCCUUGGGCCUACCUGGCUUGCGGCCAUGUCCACGGCUAUCAUGACUGGGGUCACCGCUCCGAAAGGGAGCCCAAUGCCCAGAGGGAGUGCCCCAUGUGCAGAACUGUGGGCCCCUACGUGCCACUGUGGCUAGGCUGUGAACCAGCCUUCUACGUGGACACGGGUGCACCAACACACGCCUUUGUACCGUGUGGUCAUGUGUGCUCUGAGAAGUCUGCCCGCUAUUGGUCGGAAAUCCCCUUACCACACGGUACCCAUGCUUUCCAUGCUGCUUGUCCGUUCUGCGCCACCCAACUCGAUUUCACACAGGGAUGCUCCAAACUCAUCUUCCAGGGCCCUGUAGACUGAGCCUGAAUGUUCAAUGUAGUGCUGGUGUAUGAACGUAGAAUGGAUCCAUGUGAAGCCUGGGAUGGAGCUGUAGAUGAAACAUGAUAAAGAAUUGUUGCACACCAUAAGCUGUGAAGCUAUCCUCACGUAUUUAAGUACUUUGAGGAAUAUAAGGAAGAUUUUACCCAGCUUGGUGCUCUAUUCAAUCUUUUGCGAUUAUCUUGAACUUGCCCUGGAGAUCGACUGGGUUUUUGGCCAUAAAAUUCAGACAGUGAGUCUGUUUUAUUAAUACCAUGAACUGUUGGAUUGCUCCACUGGAAUUUCACCACACCAGCAUGAUGAAAACACUCUGAGAACACUUUCAAACAAUGUUGCUGAGCCUUGCUUAGAUCCACUGAUUUUAAAAUAAUGUAUUUAAAAGCUGCAGACCAAGUUUAUUAGUCAUCAGAUUAUCACAAUUAAGCUUCAAACUAUUUUGGGAGUACACCUAUAUACUUACAGCUAUAGACACAAGAUCUCUCAAAAUGCAAACACUGACCACAACAUUUGUUUUGGAUUUGACACACCAAAAUAGUUGUUGUCCAAAGAAAAAAAGCAGCCAAAGCUGAAAUAUUAGGCUACCUAGAUCAGCCUUUAACAGAUCAGGGAUAAAUAUGGAUCACUCAGAGCCAUUGCUUGAUCAUGAAUAGGAUUAUGCAUUGUUAAAAUAGGUAUAGGUUAAACGUGGUUUAUAGUUUCUAGCUCUUUUUGUUGUAACCAACUAACGUCUCUGAACGGUAAGAUUCUCUCUAACAGUUGCUGACUUAAUGUUUCCAGUAUAUGCUGUUUUAUUGUACUGUAAAUCCUGAACUGCUUGCAUUGCUGAAAGGAACAGUAUGCAAUCAUGACUGAUAGGGGAGCGUCAUGCUCUGUAAUCAACAUCUAAGCCAUAAUGAGCUAGAACCUGAUUUGAACAAAAAGCUGGUCAUUUGUCACUUUUGGAGGUUUUGGAGUAUUUGAAACCACCCAGAAACUGCCUUUAUUCAGCAGGCUGGCAGCUUCAGGCUACGCCUUUCUUUUUGAUCCCAAAUUUGUCAUCAGUGGAAAUUCAAAUCUUAAUAGGAUGUGAACGUGUUUUAUGAGGUUGUUUUAAGAUGAAAAAUGUUUAUUCUUCUAUUUUUCUUAACCUUUGUACAGAGAUGGAUUUUAGUGCCUGCAAAUGGGGGAAUUUUUUACUGAGGUUUGAAUGAGCUAUUUUAAAUAGAAGAAGUUUUAAAAGAUUAUAAAAGAUUUAAAAGAAAACAGCCCUGUUUUUGUCUUCUAUUCUCUCUGCAGAUGUAUUUUACUACUACCACAUGCAUGUACAGUUUUCUAACAGAAGAACUAUUUAUUCAGAAAGUGUCUUGUAUUUUAGACAAGUUCCCAUUUUCUAAAAAGGAACAGUUAUUUUGAGUUCAGUAUUGCAUUAUGUCCUGACAAUACUGUCGCCUGGAAGGUGUGACUAAUGUCAAAAGUUGAACAGAAACGCCUGUUGGGAACAAUGCACUGCCUGGCAAAUGUUCACUGGUAGAACCAAAUACACCUAACUAAAGCAAGCUUGUUCCUUUUGGUGAAGAUUAUUUCAACACUGAUGUGCAUGAUCUGGAUGGAAUCCUGCAGAUAUAGUAAAAUAACUUGCAAUAUAACUUGUAAUAUGGCACCUGGGUGAGCUGACAUGAAUAAAAAAUUGGGUCACAGGAAUUUGACCAAUCGUACAUUACUCACACUGUUUACGGUGUUUCUCAGAACACACAGUGAACACUUAUCGGAGAUUAGUUUGCAUGCUCACAUAAUUAAAUAAUUUCUUUACAAAGGGUGCAAAGGGAACACAACAACACUUGAUUUUUAGUGCACUGGCUACACUACUAAUUAUCACAGAGGCCAGCAUUGUGAUGAUUAACAUUUCACUGUAUUGUGCUCCAGUUGAGCACAUUUAAGCAUAGUGAAAUAACAUCAUGUCACAGUUUUGUUGGAGAAAUCAUGUUUUCAUGAUGGUUGGUUCCAUCUAUAACCCCUUUUAAAAGUCACUAAAUUAGUCUAUAUUACAAAUGACACAUAGAAAGACUGUUCCAGCCGGUGUUGGUAUCGCAUACCAAUAUGCUCUUAAAGUCAAUUUUUCAAAGUCAGAACUUUUGCUGCAAUAACCAUUGUCUGUUUGGGUACGUUUCUUCCAGUUUUGCAGUCUGUUUGGAAGUGAUCUUUGACCGUUUGUCCUGGUAAAUUUGUUCCAGGUUUUUCAGGUUGGUUUGUUGAUGCUUGUCAGUUGUAAUUUUUAAAUAGGGCCAAAGAUAAAAUCUCAAUUUUGUUUUUAUUCAGUAUCUUCCUGUAUUUUGCUCAAUCCGUCUAUCCUACAAUUUUAACAAGAUGCCCCGUCCCCUCUGAGGAAAAGCAUCUGCAUAACAGGAAGCUGCCACCCCCAUACUUCACUGUGGCGUUUGUUGAAGAAUGAGCAGUGUUAGGUUUGUGCCACACAUAGCAUUUUGAAUUUUGGCUAAAAAGCUCAAUUUUCAUCUGAUCUGACUGCGAAACAAAACAUUUCAGCUUGGUCUAGACUGACUUUAAUGUGGUGUUUUUUUUUUCUUUUCUUUCUUCAGUAAUGGCAUCUUUCUAGCCACACUCCUAUGCAGGGUAGAUGUAUGCAGACUUCUAGAUACUGUUGGCUGGUGCACCCUCACUCCUCUCAGCAACUUACCUCUGUAGCUCCUUCAGAGUGAUUGUUGGCUCCUCUGUGGCUUCCAUCUGAAGCCCCCUUCUUUCUCUUUUGCGAGAUGGCCUUGUGCAGACGAUGCCUGGGUGGUAUGCUCCAGCUUCCGUUUCCACACAGUUUGCCCAAUGGUGCUCUAUGCAAUAUCCAAACACUUGGCCCUUUUCCAUCUUGUGCAUGUCUGUAUCUUCUGCUUUCUUUAGAAUGCUCUUUGGCCUUCAAUUUCACAGCUUCACUUUCAGAUUCAGUCUAGUAAUUGUAUUAAGGACAAUUGUAAGCUAGUUGUGUCCUUGUUAGGGCAGUAUCUUUCAUCUGUAUAGACUUGGAGCUUCCAUAGUACACAAGUUGAAUUCUUAUGCAAACAGUAUUUUUCAAUUAGUAAUUUUUGUCAAAAUUUUGUUAUAUAAAACCAAUAUCAAUUGAAAUCAAUACAUUUUUAGGCUCAGUCUUUUUAAAAUCAAAAUGGAACAAAGCAUAAAAUAUCAAGGUGUCAAGGUAAUCCAGAUGGCUGAUUUUGAGAAGGAUGGAUACUUUUGUAAGACAAUGUAUUUGUUUGGAUUUUGUGACUUAUGCACACAGCUUGGUGAUUAAAAAAAACUUGUGAUGCAAAAAUAGUCUUUCAGAAA